GUCCUCCCCCUGUCGCUGCUUGCAUGAAUUUGGUUCGUUGUCGUCUUCCCUCUCGCACAGUGUGUCUCUGCUCGCCGCAAAUGCGACAACGCUUCUGUGUCGGCUAACCUAUCGUUGAUGGCAGACCAGUACCGCACGCUACCUUUGCUGCUUCUCGUCGCUCUGCUGCUGCUCAUCGUUGUCGUCUUCCACAUUUGUUUCCUCGGUCGCGUUCCUAGAAGGAAACAGACGCGUCGAAUGCCGAAGAAGUCGAGGAAGAUGGAUAAGAUUCAGACGAAGACGACGAUGUCGGUGGAAGGUGGGGGGUCCUCUCGUCAGCGUUGCAACAGUGCGGAAGGCGGUAGGCGACCUUACGACCCGACGCUGUACAGCCACCUGCCGUCCCACGAGAUUCCAUUGCCUCCGAGUGACGACGACGUCGACGACCCUAGAUCCUCAACGGUUCCUCUGGGCAGCGGUUCGACGCAGGAUUGGAUGGGGAGCCAACUGUACAGACACACAUCGACGCCGACGUACACUGAUUUGCUGGAGGGCCGGACCCCCGCUGGUUACGACGCUGGACUCGUCGAUUUGAGCUUCGGUCUGAGGUCUGGGAGUGGCGAGGACCUGACGCACACCGUUGUCGUGAACCCGGCUUCUGCCACCAAACACACAUCGCCUUCCGUGAGGGCGGCUGGCCCUGCGGAUAACCGUGGAUUCGUUUCGCCGAGGCGGGUGGCUUUGAGUACAGCAAGUGUGGCCGCAUUGUCGGAGCAAACACCCUUACAAGGGUAUUUGCUCAGGAUUUUACAUUGGAUACAGGAUCGACGCCGGUUACCAUACUGGGGACGGUCUGGGGUUAAAUCUAAGGUUAGGGAGCUAGCGGUAUCGAGCAUUGAGAAGAUAAUUUUGGAUGUAUCGUUGCGUCGUUAUAUAUGUGGGAGGGUAAGGGUUGUUCUCAAGAGGAGAAAGACGGUGGGUGAUAUCAUUCACGAUUUUCGCAAGUGGGUUAAGCAAGAUGAGGCAGGAUGCACAUGUGUGGAAGUGGAUCUACCGAGGGUACAAGGGCACGUGAGAGUUCGAAUGGAUGACAUCAGCUAUGCUCCGAGAUUUCUGCAUAACUCACGCAAUAUCACCAGAGGUCCGGAGAGGAUCCAGGACAUCAUUAAGGGAAUCAAGGAAGCUGUUGAACCUUGGGCCAAGGGUAGGAGGGUGAACGUGAAAGAAGACGAGGUACAGGCGUGUUGGAAAAAGAUUGGGGACAAUCAGAAGGGCAUGACGGAAGAUCAAGUGAAGGCUUGGUGUGAACCGUUCGAAGACUUAGUCACUGUACCUGUGGAUAGGAAUCCCGGUGCCACUAUUGUCUUAUGUCCGGUUUUGUAUUUCCACGCGCAGAAUCUAACAUUCCGUUGGAAUUGUGGAUAUGUGUGUGAGAAUAAGUGUGAAUCUGAUGUUCUGAAUGAAGCAAGGAAAGACUACAUAUCUAGUGAUCUGAAGCGGGUGGCCGAAUGGGGAAAGCAGGGGAAGAUCGGGGCAGCUUAUGUGAUACCAAAGACAAGGACCUGGAGCGAUGGCGACCCAUCGCCCCAGCGACCUCCGAUCCCGCAAAACUGGCAAAAGAACUGCCACUUUGAUCUUCCUGCCACCGAUGAACUCUGCCAGACUAUGAGAAGACAUCAGAAGAGUUUGGGAAGGAAGAACGACGCAGUGUUAGCACGUAGCUACGAUGUGAAAGACAUGUUCGCCAAACUUACCCAUGAGAGUGUUAUUGCAGCAGUAGAGUGGAUUGUAAAACUGAACGAAGCGAGGGGGAUACGGGUCGUUAGACUGUAUGCCACAGCAGUGCUCCAUUUCUACAUUGCCAUAAUUGCGACGGGAGGGGGGGCACUUCCAGACUCAGCAAACAGUAUCAGAGACCUUCUUGCCAAGCCAGCACGGGAGAGGUGGGUGAGAGCUGUUCUUCAGGUCGACUUCCCCGCCUCUGAUGUCGGUGGGGGUUUCGAUUUCCUAGAAGGGCAGUUGUACGCUAGAAGCGACGGUUCUGGUUUCGCAUUUCCUCCAUCUAUGUAUUGGAAAGGAAGAUUCCUACUUCCCCGAUUAGGAUGUGUCCCCUGUCCGUCUCGGGUCUAUCGUGGACUGGGCGGAUAUGAACUUAGAAUUAUGACUUUUGCAGAUUUUAACAUCUCGACAAUGGUAAAAGUGAAGGGUAAUUUGAGGAUGGUUGCGGCCUCGACGAGUUCCGGAAGGCGCAGCCAGGGUGCCCCUUUGAGCAGGCCGCGCACCAUGCAAGGUCUUGAACCUGAAGAAGUGUUAGAGCAUUCUGGCAUGCAGUACAGCAGAGAAGAGGCCGACAUGGAGGACGAAGAAUGCUUUGAGGUGGAGGAGGAAGAAAUGGAGGAGGAGGAGGAAAUGGAGGAGGAGGAGGAAAUGGAGGAUGAGGAAGAAAUGGCGGAGGAGGAAGAACUUAACGAAGACGAGGAAGAGGAAGUCUUCGAGGAAGAUGAAUUUUUUGGGGAAGAAAUGGAAGAGAACGAGGGGACCGAGGAAGAAGAGGAGCGAAGAAGGCCAAGCGUUGAACAAUUUCCAAGGAAGGUUAAGCAGUCAAUGGACUUUUUCCCUUGCAUGUGGACAAUCACGCUGGUUGCCACAGAUGUUGAGCUAUUCAUUCAAAUGCCAGGAAAAGAAAAAUACAAGGCAUUUGGGGAGGUAAUUUACUUCGCGGCUUCCAAGGAGAGUAUCGAGGAUCUCGCACUGGUGUGGGUGAAAUUGGGGAAGCAAAUGGCACAGCUUGUUUUAAGGCGUGCGAGGAUGGUAAUCUGGGAGAAAAAGGUCGAUGCCAGGCUGAAAAGGACGAGCCAACAGGACUUCAAGGAAUUUUGCAAGGUCGUCGAAGAGUAUUGCUUGCCCUCCCUGCGCAAGCAUCUCCCUGGCGUCAGUGGAAAUGAGGGCAGUUUGUCCUUGGGCGGCUUGUCGGCAAUGGGCAGGGGUACCACCACCAAGCGACCUACACGUCCACCAACGAAGAAGCGGGAAGGUGUCCCUGUUACUUCGCCACAGACUUGUGUAGCAUCCACUGCUGCAGCUGAUGCGGGAUCCGGUGCAAAAUCGAAGAAGCAGAAACUUUGCACGAUGAAACCAGUUGAGGCCAAGCGGCUGGAUCAAAUGUGGGAGGAGUUAAAGGAGCUUAAUGCAAAGAAACUGGACAGCAACUCCUUUACCCUUCCGAUGUUCUGCCUGAAGAGACCGCCCGCCGACGCCAAUGGCAAGAGGCCGCUGGAGAUUUGUGAACCCGACGAGCAACACGUUCGAACCAUCGUCGAAUCCAUGAAGAAGAAUCAUUUUGCUGAUACUCUUCCUCAUGUCGGCUUGCUUGAUCCUAAGCAAGUCAGCAAGAAGGAAGAUGUAGAUUGGAACAAGUUGCUUGGCGGGAAGUACGACGUUUACAUCAUCGGCGGUGGGCAUACGAGGGAAGCCAGGGAACGUCUGAGAAGGCUUCACCCGAGGACAGAGCAGUUCCAAAAGGCGAAGUGCUUCAUUUACGUCGGCCUCACCAACGAGGAAGCUCGUCAGAUUGCACACGAGCAUAAUCACGUGGUAGCAAAGCAGCUCUCGAUUGAGGGAAUGAGGAAGAAAUUUGAGGUGGCAAAGCGGCUAGGUUGUGUGGUGAAGUUCUUCGUGAAUGAGACUGGCUCGACAGACUGGGAGGAGUGCAAAUCGCUUUACCCGGUUCACACGACGAAGGAUCUUUUGGAGCCAUUUGCAAGUAACUGGAGGGUGAAGGGAGAUGUGCCUAAAGCUUUAGUGGCACACGUUGAGCGCGCUAAGGCGUGGAAGGAGUUGAACGACAAGCUUGCUGGGUUCUGCUCUUUGGACAUGCUAUCUUAUGUGAGGAGUAUCUUUGCGAGGGUUUGCAACGCAUGGCAAGAGGUGAUCACCUGGUGCAAACCGAAUGUAAUGAGUACAGGCGGGCCUCGUCUUAUCAGUGCAAUGGGGUUCUGUGUAAUCGGUUACUACAGCGUGAGUGGUAAAAGGGAGGCGGCCCACUACAAUUUCGCCUCGACGGACGCCCGGCACAACUACCGCAUUUUCGACGCUGUCAUGAAGAAGUAUAAUCACCCUCUCGACCUUGAAGUCAUGUGUCCGUACCAGAAGCCCGUCACUCUGUACGGUUGGCUGGUGGACAAAUUCUCCCCUCCUGGCUCCCACGUCAUCGAUGCCUUUUCAGGCUCUGGAACUGGUGCAAUUGCCUGUGUUCUUCGCAACAGGAAUUGCCUAGUUGUCGAGAGAAACAGUCGGUGCAUCAGCGGUAUUCGCUCGCGCAUUCUGAACGACAUUGGACCUACCAUCGAGAGAGAAUGUCGGCGCAAGGAAGCAGAAGAGGAGGAAAAGCACUACAACCACGCGUUCGUUGAAGAGGAGGAGGACACAGGGACAAGUGCACAACCGCUACAAGACGAGCUCGAGGUCAUCAGUCCGGCAAAAACAGUGCCAGCCCCCUCGGCAUUGAGUGGUGAGGCCCAGGCGGUUGUGGGAGAGCGUGCAACAGCAGCGACAAUGGGAACUGCGGCAACAGGAGCAGCAGCUGCAGCAACGGAGCCACAGUUUGUAGAAGAGGGUGCAGCAGCUGCCACAACAGGAACGGCAGCGACAGGAUCUGUACCGACAGCAGCAGCAAUGACACCAGCAACAGCUGCAGCAGUGGCACAACGCAAGCAACCGUCCUACGCAGAACCUGCGGCAAGCCAGGACUCGUCAAGAGGAACCACGACGAGAUCGAGGAAGAGGAAGCUUGCAGCUGAAGAGGUUACGAGCCCAAAGGCGACAACACAUGUGCUAGCGCUGGGCUCGAAAGAUCUUGCUGCUUACGAUUGUACAAGGCGGAAAACGAAUGCGAAUGGCAGCAUUUUGGGUGUUCGUCGUGUGUCGUCUACUUUCCCCGUUAAGCGUUUCCGUCGGCGAUUGUCUUCAGAAGGGAUAUCAACUAAAGGUCCAGAGCAGGAAACAAAUAGGUUCGACAGAAAGUCCUCCAAGGAGCAGCUUCAAAUGGCGAAGGAGACUUUAAGUCAAGAAGUACCCAAAGGUAUGUUCGGAGCAGCAUCGGCGGAGGAGAAAGCUCCUUACAACUUAGGUAAAAGAAACAAGAGUUCUCGUGUGUACAACAAGAAGGCGAACUUGAACACGAGCAUGAACAGCAUCGAGGACAUAGUGAACGGAAAGUGUUGCAACAGCGAAGUGCGUCUGUGGAACAAGCAGCACCACAAUUCGCUUUGGCAACCGAAUGACAGAGAAGGUGUGAAUAUCUUUCGGUCAGAGCCAGCAGACGAGAUUUACGCUGCUCCAAAGCAUGCAAUACGAUCCUUAGAAGGUCGGUUCAGAUUAACCUAUGGAAGAGAAGAACAUGAAGAGGAAAUGAGAGUUAAACUUCUCAUUGCAAAGUGCUUUGAGGAUGGAGUCACACCGGAGAAUCUCUGUCAUGGGGAGUUCGUGAUGGAGAAUGGUGUGAAAAUGUUCAAAGUGGACGAAAAUGUAGGUAGACUAACGACGUCGUGGCUCAAGGAGAGAGUUGUCACGGUAAUAUUCCAGGGCGAAGCGAGAAAUCUUUCACUAAAAGUGAGAGAAAAUUUGAUAAGGGCAUACGAAAAUGGAUGGACGUGCCACCGGAUUUUCGAUCGAACGGUGAGAAGAGGAAGAACUGGCGAGGGUCCUAACAUCAUCUCCUAUAUCGCUAUGACUACCGAAAUUGCACAAUGGAUGGUUGCCAAGGCGGAGGAUAGGGUAGUAGUGGGGGGAGUAGACUACGCGAUGCUCUUCAAACCCUGGAUGACGAGAAAGGAAUUGGAGGAAAGGAGAAGGACAGACGAUGAAACGAAGUUCUGGGUGGUUGCAUUGAGGGUUCCUAUUCGUGCAGCUUUUCACAUCCAUGAUAUGCUAGAGAAGUCGAUGGGUAAAGUGGUCAAAGCGUAUGACGCAGAGCCAGAUAAAACGCGUCCGAAUUUGAUGAAAAAGAAGUAUGAUCUGGUCAAGGAAGCGGAGAGUAAUUUUGAGCCCGAACUGCCGAUGAAACUGGAAGAUGGCGAAAUCUUGAUGGUUAAAUUCGUGAAGCUCCUUGUCCAGAGAGACAACUGGUGGCCAUACGUAUGGACAGUGGACGAUCAACUGCCCACGAUUCGAAUGCAAACGGAUGGACAGGAAGAUGCUCACAGAUCUAAAAAUGUAUCAGAUGCUGACAGAUUUCGGAAUGUGUCAGAAUUGGACACUCACAGAUCUAAAAAUGUAUCAGAUGCUGACAGAUUUCGGAAUGUGUCAGAAUUGGACACUCCCAGUUUUCAAAAUUUAUCAGACGCUCACAGUUUUCAAAAUGUGUCAGAAUCCAAUCAUCACAGUGCCAGGUUGAAGAACUGCUCAGUAUCAUCAAACCAAGGCAGAAGGGACUUGAGCUCUGUCCGGACAGCAGAAGGUUCACUAGCCGUAACCGUUCCAAUCCAAACUCAGCCUCAGAGUGGUGAAGGGAGAGGAAAUGUUACAUCUCUGCCCGCUGAACUUCAAGUGGAUGCUGGGGUCAAUCCGUUUUCGUGCCGCAGCAGGAAGGAAAUUGCCCAGUACCUACGCUAUGGGACAAACCUGACAUUAGACAGCAAGCUGGAGGAGCUUUUGAACAAGUACGAGGAGCACCACAGAUCAUGCGUGGUGGGCGUGGACUUGGUCGCCAAUUUCAAGAAGCAGUCUGAUGACACAGGAGCAGAAGGCCACCUCUCGUCGGAGAAGCGAAGCAGCGGUGGAGAAGAGUUGCCUGGCUGCUCAUAUAUUGUAUGGUUUUGCCCAUCGGAUGGACUCGGGAAUCGAUUUGCAUCCCUGGCAUCAACCUUCCCUUACUCUGUCCUCACCUGGCGCGUUCUUCUUGUGGAAACAAGAGAGGACAUGCCUCAUCUGAUAUGCGAACCCUUCACCAAUCACUCAUGGAAAGCGCCCAAGGGGAUCAGUGGCCGGUCAUUCAGAAAUGCGCCGAACAUUACCGUUGCUGUUGAUGAGGCAACCAGGCCAGCCCGUGUAACUGCAAUGGCCAAAAAGUCGCAAGUUUCGAGUCUUUUGACCCCUAACAUCUCUGCUGGUAACAUUUCUGCUGCUAACAUCGCUGCAGCUAAAGUCUCCACUGCUAACAUUUUUGCUGCUAACAUGUCUGCGACUAACAUCUCUGCUGUUAAUGGCGUCGAUACUGCUGACAUAUCCGCUGCGAUGAGGAGUACAAGCAUGCCUCUUGUGAUUGCUGCCAACAAGUCACAGGAGAGGGACAACAGCACAGGAGUAAGGAAGGAGCUUGAAUCACCCGAUCCUGGCAAAAUACCAAYAGGCCGKYCUCCAYGGUGGGYGUCAGUGAAGAUAUAUCAGGUCAGCGAGACAYUUGGUGAAAAUGCACGCUUCUUCUGCGUCCGSGAGCAGGAGAUUUUGUCCAAGGUCAAGUGGCUUGGAAUGUACAGCAACCAGUACUUYAUUCCCGGGUUGUUUGUCAUGCCGCAKUUCAGCGAGAKGCUGAACCRGUGGUUUCCGGAUGGCAUUGUGUACACGCGCCUGGCUCGCCUCCUGUUCCUGCCCRAGGACGAGGUUUGGGAGAGGAUCACAAGAACUCACAGGUUCUAUCUGUCGAAAACKGACAGGCUUGUGGGGGUACAARUGCGUGAAAUGGACGAUAACCCCACAAAAAGAUUGGCAGGCCUGCUYGAUUGCCUCAUCAAUGGAGGAGUGCUGCCAMAACCAGGGGUCUCAUUGAGGGUCACAAGAGACACAGUMGAGGUCCAGGUGCCAGACCUGRGCCYGAUCUCAGGGAAGAUCCGAAAUAAGACUGAGAGUGGAACUGCAGKUUCCACUGUUGACCCCGAGCACCAGCCGCAGGGUGUGCUACUCUUCGAAGCUGACAGCUUCCGCCGGGCUAGAGGGCAAAGCAGCACGAACGGGGGCGGCAAUGGUGUAGAGGGGGCCGGAUACUAUGCUCAGAGUAGAAGAAGUAAAGGUGGUGUAACUGUAUUGGUAGCUUCUCUGCACGACGUGUAUUACAAGACUCUGAAAAGAAUAUAUGGCAUAAGGCCCUCUGCGACCGGUGAUAGGGUAAUCGUACACCAGGAGAUCUUGGAAACGGAGCAGCAUUCAUCCCUAGUAGAACACAAUGAGGCAGCAUUUGUCGAUAUGUGGCUUCUGGGUUUGAGUGAUGUGCUUUUCACUAGCCAUUGGUCGACCUUUGGUUACUUCUCGCAGGCAAUUGCGGGCUUGGUGAACCCUCAGCAACUUAACUCUGGUUGGGAUAUUAGUUCCAUCAAUGCAGCGGACAACGAAGCGAGAGCGAGGUCCUGUUUCAAUUGGCAGAGUAGAGAUGCUUGCUUCCAUUUCCCCCCCUGGAAUAACGACAAAUGGAAGUGCAUCGAUGACGGACAUGUUCACAUCCGGAAGCAAAUGUAUGACAAGGGCCCUGGUUCUCCGUUCGUAGCUUGUGAAGAUUACCAUCGCGGUGUGCAAUUGAGAGCGAGAACAGGUUCAUAUUAACUUCAUAACAAAUAUUGUACAAAUAA